AUUAGAAAUGCAGAAUUAUUUAAAUAUUCUUGCUUUUGGGGAACAUUUUGUACUGCAGAUAGGUUUACUUCUUCCUAAACCAUAGAGUUAGUCUACAGAUAAAAAACUUUUCUUCCUACUUCCUGACACAGUAGUUAAGGAAUUAACAUCUUGUAUGAGAUUCUCCAGCUUGAAGAUUACAUGUGCUUGAAAAUCUGUCUUGAGGUUGUUAAUGGAGUAUGCAGAAGUCUUACGCUGGUUCUUCACUUGGAGAUGAAUUCAAUGCACAAAAGGGCUGGACUUCUCAAUGAGACAUAUUGAACAGAAAACAAAUAUAUGCUUCUAUAUUUCUCUAAAGAACCAAGAUAAUUCUAGAAGGCGUAAUGGGAUCCCUUACAAGUAUCUAUGUCUUUGCUUGUGUCUUUACGUUCACACUUUGGAAUAAUAUCCAGCCAACUGUGGAAGACAAAUUCAUUGCAAACUAUUCAAGCCUUUUGCUAUCUGAUGUUCCAAAAAACAUUCCACUCCAUACUCAUGUAUUAGAUUUAUCACAUAAUAGGAUCUCUGAACUUAGUAUAUCUGAGUUUAUUUAUCUUUCUGACCUUCAAGUAUUAAAUCUUUCUCAUAAUCUAAUUACAGAGCUUGACUUUAAUGUCUUCAUUUUUAAUCAAGGUUUAGAAUACUUAGAUCUAUCUCACAAUAACAUUUGGAAAGUUUAUUGUCAAAUGCUUUCAUGUCUUAGACAUUUAGAUCUUUCUUUCAAUAAUUUUACUGUCUUGCCCCUCUGUCAGGAAUUUGGGACCAUGUUUCAUUUGGAAUACCUAGGAUUAAGUGCCAUGAUGAUACGAAGGUCAGACUUCAGAUACAUCUCACAUUUACAGCUGAACACUGUUUUCCUUACCUUAGAAAACUUUUCUCUGUAUGAGCCGCAGAGUCUAACAGCCUUAAAUACAAAGAGCCUUCACAUUGUUUUUUCGGCAAAGCAAAACUUCAGUUUUUCCCUCCUGUAUGAUGGGAUGAGCACUUCAGAACACUUAAAAAUAGUUAACAUAAGAUAUACCUUGAGCUACAAAGAUUUCCCCUCUCCUUCUUUAAAGCUUCUGAAGAAAAUCAAGACAACAGCUCUGAUGCUUGACACUGUGGACUUAGAAUGGCCUAUCAUUUUGCAAAUUUUCCUACUUAUUUGGUAUUCACCUGUGGAGCAUCUGACUGUGAGAAAUUUGACAUUUCGGGGACCAAUGGGAGUGAUGACUGCAUAUAAAUUUGUACCCUUCUUAAACUCUGUGGAAAAAGUAAUCUCUUUGAGUGUCUCCAUGAAAGUGCUAACUUUGGAGCAUGUUCGUAAUAAGGUUUAUUACUUCAACCAGGAGAUUCUAUACAGACAGUUUUCAGAAAUGAAUAUUGCCAAUUUGACAAUAUACGAUGCAUACAUGCCACACAUGCUUUGUCCGGAGAGAGCAAGCUCAUUUCAAUAUUUAAAUUUUUCUCGCAAUGCCCUGACAGAUGAAUUGUUCCAGAAUUGUAGUACUCUGGCAGAUUUGAAGUUACUUAUUUUGAAGAGGAAUAAAUUUGAGAGCCUUUUCAAGGUGAGCUUCAUGACC